AUAGAAUAGCGGAGCCUUUAGCUUUAGGGAAGUUACUGGAUUUUUAUACCACAAAAGAUACUCAUGUUACCAGAAACGAAGCAUAUAUUUAUGCGUGCGUAAUAGCAGGAAGUUCUGUACUGUACGUAAUCAUAUCUCAUUUAUACGCUAUGGAAAACCAGCAUUUAGGUAUGCAAAUGAGAGUUGCAGUCUGUUCGCUAAUCUAUAGAAAAUCGUUGAAAUUGAAUCAAUCGGCCUUUGAAGAAGUCAGUACUGGGCAACUGGUAAACUUGUUAUCUAAUGAUGUGGAUAGAUUCGAUUCUCUGUUGCUACAUAUUCACAGUUUAUGGUUAUGUCCCGUUGAAAUCGUAAUAAUUAUUAUACUUAUAUAUUUUCAUGUCGGAUUCACAGCAACUUUAGGAUCCAUAUUUCUUGUUAUCUUCUUACCAAUACAAAUUUGUUUGGGAAAAAGAAUUUCUCUGUAUCGUUUGAGAACUGCAUUAAGAACAGAUGAAAGAGUAAGACUGAUGGGUGAAAUAAUUUCGGGAAUAAACGUUAUAAAAAUGUACAGCUGGGAAUGUUAUUUCAUGAAACUAGUAAAAUUUAUCAGAAGGAAGGAAAUUGAUGAAAUUUCUGCAGUUUCAUUCAUAAAAGGUAUAACGUUAGCAAUACGAAUGUUUGCAACCAGAACAUCUAUAUUUUUAUGCAUUGUGGCUUACCUAUUAUCAGGAAACGAAAUAAAUGCUAGAUACGUUUUCGUCGUAACCUCGUAUUAUAAUAUUUUAAGGAAAACACUUAUACUUCAAUUCCCCAGUGGUAUAAGGGAAUUCGCCGAAGGAUCUAUAUCGAUCGAACGUGUUCAACGCUUUCUCUUAUUUGAAGAAACUGAGCAAACCAACAAAAAUAAUAAGACUAAUAAUAAUAAUUCUCUCAGUAACACUAUUACCGCAAAUAAAACAUUAGAUGAAAAUUCGAAUAAGCCUCACGUAGAACUCGUUGUAAGGAUUUUACUUAAGAAUGUUUCAGCUAAAUGGCCCUCUUCUGCCAAAAUUAAAAACACCUUAUCAAAUGUAAAUUUAGAAGUGACAAAAAAUGAAUUAGUUGCUGUAGUAGGUAACGUUGGCAGUGGAAAAACAAGUCUUCUUAAUGUUAUCCUAAGGGAAUUGAAAAUUUUGGAUGGACAUAUAGACGUUCAAGGUAAGGUGUCGUAUGCCCCUCAGGAACCUUGGUUCUUUUCAGGAACCAUUAAACAGAACAUAACUUUUGGAAGUGGGUAUAACGAGAAAAGAUAUAGAGAUGUUUUAAAAGUUUGCGCUCUAGAAAAAGACAUCAUGUCCUUUCCCAAUGGCGAUCGUACUUUAUUGGGAGAACGGGGCGUUACUCUUAGUGGCGGUCAACGUGCUCGAAUUAAUUUAGCAAGAGCGUUAUAUAGAGAGGCUGAUAUCUACCUAUUAGAUGACCCUUUGUCAGCGGUAGAUACGGAAGUCGGUAAACACCUGUUUGAAAAAGGUGUUACGGAGUUUUUAAAAAAUAAAUGUGUCGUAUUGGUCACACAUCAAUUGCAGUAUUUACGAAAUGUAAACAGGAUAAUUGUAAUGGAAGAAGGCACAAUUACAUUUCAAGGAGCUUAUCAAGAUUUACAACGUAAACAAUUAUGCUUAACCAAAGAUACUCAGAAACUCGAUAAAGAGGGAUGUUUUAUCGAACAGGGAAUGUUGGAGACAACUUUAUUUUCGGCAGUUACUAAGAAGAUUUCUGAAAAUAAUGAGUCGGCUUCGGAAACCAAAGAAUCUAAAAAUAUUGGUAAAAUAUCAGCAAAGGACUACCUAACGUACAUUAAAUCUGGAGGAUCACUUGCAAUAGCGAUACUGAUUUUACUUAUGUUUCUUAUCACACAGGGUUCUUCAAGUGGCGCUGACUACUUUGUUACAUUUUGGGUAAACGUCGAACAAGACCGUAAAUCUCAAUUAAAGAAUGAUACGCUAAGUGGAAUAAUGGAGUACAUAGACCGCAAUGGACUGUCGAUUUUUGGGACGAUAGUAUCAUUAAAUGUUCUUCUUAGUAUAUCAAGUACAUUUUUGUUUUACUGGUAUUGUAUGAAAGCCUCAAAGAAACUACAUCAUAAAAUGUUCUCACAUAUCGUCUACGCUAAAAUGAUAUUCUUUAACCUAAAUCCUUCUGGAAGAAUUUUAAACCGAUUUUCUAAGGAUAUGGGAAAUAUCGACGAAAAACUGCCUGAUGUUCUUGUCGACUUAAUACAGAUGGGUCUAAGUAUUCUUGGAACAAUCACAGUCAUUAUAAUAGUUAAUCACUGGAUCGUUAUAGUAGCAGCUGCCAUGUUAAUUUUGUUUUAUUUUCUGAGGAAAUUUUACUUAUCUACUAGUUUGAGUAUAAAACGUUUAGAAGGAGUUACUCGCAGUCCUGUUUACACGCAUCUAAAUGCUUCUCUCCAAGGUUUAAGUACCAUACGAGCGUUUGGAGCUGAGGAAGCAUUAACAAGUCAUUUUGACGAAUACCAAAAUUUAAACAGCUCAGCAACUUAUCUUUCCAUAGCAUGCACAAGAGCAUUCGGAUUUUGGCUUGACAUGAUUUGUGCAAUGUUUAUAACAAGUGUUACCUUCAGCUUUUUGAUGAUGAAAAACGUUAAGUACAGUGGCAAUAUUGGUCUUGCAAUAACUCAAGCAUCGGGCUUAACAAAAAUGUUCCAGAAAUGUAUUCGCCAGUGGAGCGAUCUUGAUAAUCAAAUGAUCUCAGUAGAAAGAGUUACAGAAUAUAUGAGGAUAGAAAAGGAAUUCGAGCCGGGAGCAUCAGUUCCAAAUGACAAUUGGCCAUCCGAAGGGAACAUCAAAUUUAAAUCGGUCUGUCUUCGGUAUUCACCUACGACUCCGUGGGUAUUAAAAGAUUUAAACUUAUCUAUACGUGCCAAAGAAAAAGUUGGAAUUGUGGGAAGGACGGGAGCAGGAAAAUCCUCUCUUAUAUGCGCUUUAUUUCAACUAUGUGAAAAUACUGGUCAAAUUAUAAUAGACGAUGUAGAUAUAUCAACAGUACCACUAAACUAUCUACGUUCUAAAAUUUCUAUAAUUCCUCAAGAACCUGUUCUCUUCUCGGGAACUGUAAGAAAAAAUUUAGACCCUUUUGGAGAGUAUUCUGACGUAGUUCUGUGGAACGCACUCGAGCAAGUCGAAUUGAAGCAAGUAGUAAUCGAACAAGGGCUUGGUUUAGAUAGUAAGAUAUCUGAAGGAGGAUCGAAUUUCAGUGUCGGGCAGAGACAACUUUUUUGCUUGGCUCGUGCAAUAAUAAGAAAUAAUAAAAUAUUGGUGUUAGAUGAAGCCACCGCAAGUGUAGAUCAACAGACAGAUUUACUUAUCCAGAAAACCAUUAGAAAACGAUUUGCGGACUGCACCGUUCUAACUAUAGCUCAUAGGUUACAUACAAUCAUGGAUUCCAGUAGAAUACUUGUAUUAGAAGAUGGUGCAGUGGCAGAAUAUGAUCAUCCCCACGUUUUAUUACAAAAUCCCUCAGGAUCACUUUAUAGAUUUGUUGAUAAAACCGGAUCUAUUCUAGCAAAACAAUUGCAAGAACUAGCAAAAGAGGCCUACGAUAUAAGUCAAAGUCGGUGACAACGUAAUCACGUAUGCUGAUAAAUUGAAGGUAGUCCUUGUAGGAUGCUGUUUUGAAGUUCAAAAAUAAAUACAGAAUGUGUUUGAAUGUUUUAAGUACGGUUCUAUGUAUUAUAUACAUAUAAUGUAUUUU